ACCCCAGUAAUGGACCGUCAUGCUUUUCUCAAACCCAUAAACACGGAGCUGACGGAAGAGAACUUGACAUCUGUCCCUUUGUCUCAAAUCGAAGAAGAGAACAAAGAUUCUGAGAAAAAGACAAGAAGAAGGUUCUCAUCCAUUUGAUGCAAUUUAAUAAUGAUUUUCAAUAUUCCUCAUUAGUUGACUUAGAGUCAGCACAACAGAUCCAGAAGAUAAAGAUCUGAGCAAACCAGUGUGCUACAGCUGGCCCCUUUCAGAAGAAGAUCAAUCAAAUUGAUUUAAGAAGAUCAAGGCAAUGUACCUGAUAGAUUCGAGUUGUGAAGAGCAGUUGCAAGGCAGCAAGUUUGGAUCAAACGAGGUGAGUCAUAGCAAAACCCCAACAGGGUUAACCUACCUCUUACUGAUCCUCUGCAGUUGUAACUCUGAGAAUCUUGUUUGGCUAGUAACUUUUUGGGAUACAAAGAGGAGGAAAACCACAUCGAAAUGAGCGCUCACCCAGGUCGCGCUGUUGAAGAUGCCAACGUGCCAGCCGGAAAAGUAAAUGAAACAGAGAAGAAAUGGGAAACAAUGCUGCCUUCAGUUUCAUUUUGGAAUAACAUAUCUGGGCUUGCAUGCAUGAUUGCUGUCUCAAUGGAUCCUUUGUUCUUUUACAUUGCAUUCCUUGAUAAAAUUAACUUGUGCCUCGGAAUGGAGGAAGGGCUGAGGUCCGCAGUCCUCAUUACACGAUCACUCACAGAUUUCACGUUCCUAUUUCAUAUUGUAUAUCAAAUUUGUGAAGCUGUGAAAGCAGUGCCCUCUGUGUCCAGGCCCAAGCCGGUACAGAGAGGCAACUCAAAACUCUUCAAGUGGUUUGGAUACGCUAAGGCAAUAGCUAAGAAGUUGUCAUGGAGCUCUUUCCUAACUGACAUUUUCGCUAUUAUUCCAAUUCCACACGUGCUAAUAUUAGCUCUGUUUUAUGCUCCCAAUCAUGGAUUUUCACAGAACAAAAUGACUUUGAAUUACAUGCUUCUCGCGCAAUAUGUUCCAAGGAUGUACCGGAUCUUCAUCUCGUCUAGGCUGUUUAGAAAAAAUAGUAGUGUGUGGCUCAAAGCUGCAUUCUAUUUUUUCAUGUACAUCCUCUCAAGUCAUAUAAUUGGAGGAUUUUGGUACUUCAGUUGUGUUCAAAUGGAAGCACUAUGCUGGUACCAGGCCCUCAGAGGACGUACCAGUUUCAAAUGUGGUGACCCUCCUCUAUCUGCUUACAAACAUGAGAUCAUUCGUACAAUGUGCAGUGGGACGAAGGAGAUAUUUGAUUUUGGAUCAUUCCUGGAUACAAUCAAAGACGGCUUCACAGGACCUAUAAAAUUCCGCAAAAAGUUAUUUUACUUUAUUUGGUGGGGACUCAAAAAUCUGAGUAACUAUGGUACAAACAUCAAUACAAGUGAAUACAUGUGGGAAAAUUGCUUUGCAAUUCUUGUUUCUUCUAUUGGCUUGGUACUAUUUGCUCUUCUUAUUGGUAAUAUGCAGCAAUGUAUGCGGUCCUCGGAGGAAAAGGAAGCGGCAAUUGAUAAGGUUCAAAUGAAAGAGCAAGAACUACACGAUUGGAUGAAGAAAUAUGAUCUCCAUAAAAAGUUGGGCAAAGACGCUGAGAAGUUGAGGAUAGAGAUCAUGACAAAGAUCACAAAAAACUUGAAAGACGACAAAAAUGCUCAAGUACAAAACCUGUUCUCUCUUCUUCCCUGGAAUACAAUAGAAGAUCUCAAGCUUGCUGUCUGCAUGGAUAUGCUACAGAAAGUACGAAGUCUCGAAAAUAUGGAUGAAACAGGAUUGAAACAGAUCUGCCACCAUCUCAAGCCAGUGACCUAUACCAAGACAACAUUACCUUUUCAAAUGGGAAAACGACUUGAUCGCAUGCUCUUUAUCAUGGAAGGUAUUAUGUUGACCUACCCGAUUAGUACUACUACUACUACAGCUGAUCAUCAAGUUGGAAGAGUAAACCCCCCAUUAAAAAUCCGCGGGUUGCUUGAGAAGGGUGAUGUUUAUGGAGAACAACUUCUGAGUUGGGCAUCACCACGCGAUUUGUCCUCUGUCUCUGAUGCAGACCUUCCUAUCUUGACUGAAAAUGUAGAAUGUCUUUUGGAAGUAGAAGGCUUUGUUCUCUCUGCCCAAGACUUGAAAAAUGUAGUCUCCGGGUCCAAGUUACAUGGCAACAGUUCCAGCCUGUUGGUGGAGGGGGAACGUCAUAGCCCAAAAGGAACAUCAAGGCGUCUUCAUCACCGCAUUAAAUCUAUUCCACGGCCAGGCAUAGAGGGCGGGGAUGAGAAAACAGAUAUUCAAGAUUCAAACAACUAAAUGUCCCAUAUUGUGUCAUUGUGUGGGAGAUUGGUUCUGAUGAGAAACUAGUGGUUUUCUGUUAGGUUUUUCAUUCAGUUCAAAUAAGCCCUAUUAACUGUUGUGCGUGUUUAAUGUUUUGAC